GUCUCGUUUUGCGUUCUAUUCGCUCUCUAGGUUCUUUCACCGGAUUCAGAAAUUCGGGAGAAUCUGGAAUUCUCCGGAGUGCAGCCCAAAGUGGAGGUGAAUUUUUUUCCCCAUCUCAUACCGACCGUUUCUUCAUUAGAUUACUUGCAUGGCGGAGAAUUCUGAAGUUGAAGUUCAUCACUGAGUUGUGUGGAAUUAAAUGUGAGAAAAGGGGAGUGAAGUUAUUGACAUUUGGAGAUCCGGCAUCCUCUCCUUUUUUGAAGGGUGACUCCGGAUGUGGAUAGGUGAUCAGAAGUAGAUUAUCCAGUCUUAAAAAUGGCUACUGACUGCUGUUAUUGGGAUACAUUAAAAAAUACUUGAGGCGUUGAUAUAAUCAACGAUGUCUUCGCUGCCCACAUUAGAUGACUUGCAUUCGAAAGCCAGGAUAUCCAAGGAUAUCUACCAAAAUCCAUACCUUACACUAGACGUAAAGCUUCAUCCAAAUCCAUCGAGUCAGGUCUUUGCUAAUUGUCCUCAGAAACCUGUGCUCAUAACGCCUGAACAAAAUGUGCAUAAAUCCAGAGGUUUCUUUAAAAAUUGUACAGCAGCUUUUCAAUGUAGCAGACUAAAGUCUGGUCUUCCUACUUAUCGUCCUAUCCAUAGACAGAUUCCUUCAUCACCAUCACGCAUAAUCACUACUUGGCGACAAUGGACCACGGUCCAACAAACAUGUUUUCUAUCGUCUCUCCUCUGUACUGUAGGUGUCACCUUUUGGGUUGGAAUAUUUUUUGUCACAACAUCAAGCACGUCCACCAUUAAUCAUCAUGACUCUGAAAGCCAUCAUUGGUACAAAGAUGCCGUAUUCUAUGAAAUCUAUCCAGCUUCCUUCCAAGAUACAGAUUCUGAUGGAUACGGUGAUUUUCAGGGUAUCAUUCGUCGGUUAGACUACAUUCACAAUCUUGGCGUCACAGCAAUACGCCUUAAUUCCAUAUUUAGUGCUCUUGACUAUCCACUAGAAUACGAACACAUAAUUGAUUUGCAUAGUGCAGAUCCUCACUUGGGCCGGAUAGAAGAUUUUCGCCAACUUGUCAAAGAAGCUCACAGAAGGGGAAUGAAAAUCGUAUUAGAUCUCAAUCCAACUGUCACUAGCGAUCAGCAUACUUGGGCAUUGCAUUGGGAAAGAGGCAUACCUGGAUACGAGCACUUUUAUGCAUCUCAUAAUCGAUCAAAAGAUCCACCAGAAAUGGAAAGCACAGAUGGUCCCCCACCAGAGGACUGGGAAUUACCCCAAAGGACGUUUGGUGGUCACUACAUAGUUAAUUGGUCCAACUCUUUUGUACAAAAAGAAUAUCAGCGAGCUAUGGCUCAUUGGAUUGAUACUGGCAUAGAUGGAUUUUACAUGAAGCACUUAGACAAGCUGCAUGUACUGAAAACUGAAGACGUGGUAACAGUUCUUCGCCAAUGGAGAUCAGAACUUGACAAAACAACAAACACCUGCUCAAAACAUAAACAUUAUACAAAGCGCAUUCUCAUCGUCUCAUCACAAUUUGUAGAUAGUCUUGAAAGUCAGACAAAACAACGUCUGUUUCGCUCAGAAGUGUUGAAAAACAUUGAUUUAGUGGAUUUUCCAAUACUAUUGGGAAAGGAAAAGAAAAUGCUGAACCUAAUAUCAAACAUCAGAAAAGUGUCUGAUUGGCCCAAAAUUUCACCAAUUACGAUGUGGCAUUUGGGUAGUUCUGAUACAUUCAGACUGGCAUCUAGGAUAGAUGAAAGAUACAGUAUGGCGGCGUUUUUUAUGCUAAUGACUUUGCCCGGUGUGAGUUCAUUGUUUUAUGGGGAUGAAAUUGGAUUAAAAGACAGCGUGGAUUCUUUCAGCAAUAGAGUAUAUCGUGGAGGACAAAUGACACCAAUGCAGUGGACAGCUGACAAUUCCAGUGGAGGAUUUACUGAUAACAUGACAUACCCGUGGUUGCCCUUGAAUCCUGACCACUACUCGACCAAUGUUCAAAACCAACAUGUUCGUCUGCAAGAGCUAUCCAAAUUUAUUGGAUUUAUAAAAUCGGUUCUAAAAAACUACAAACAUAGAGAUCACAGAGUUGAGGUUUUGGAUCCCAGCAUCGUACUUCUCGAGCGAACACAUCAUGGUAGAAACUCCAAACGAGUUGUUUUUGCCGCCAAUUUUGGCAACGUUUCAGAAGACAAAGAGUUUCCAGAAUCAUAUGGAAAUGUCAAGACUCUAAUAGAGACUUUGGAGCCUACAAGGACCAGAGUUCGAAAUCGAGGAUUUACAUUGAGUCCUGGAGCUGCAUUUGUUGCAGAAGUAACCCUCAUGUACAAUCCACCACCCACCGCUGUUGUUUACUAAUGUGAUGUUGGAGAAUGUUCAAAAUAAGACGUGGUAUGUGAAACUAAUGUGAACAAACUAAACACCGCUUUAAAUUCUCGGAAAGACUUUAAUCAGAACUUUUGCUAAAACUGUAUAUUUUCUUCAAAAGUCUGAACUUUUGGGGAUACGGGCAAAGUUAUCCAACAAUACAAAUGUUAAGCAAGCUGCUAAAUACAGAGUGUUUAUAAUUAAUCUUACCCUCUUCAGAUCAACAUCAUGUCCCGUCUGAUGGAUGAAUAUCGUUGAAAAUCUAUAAUAAAAUAAGUUCAAAUUUUGACCUCACGGUAAAUUAUUAAAAAAGAAGACGUAAAGUACAAAUGAAUACAACGUGGUGACGCAAAACUUUAUUUAAUCAUAUGUGUUCAAUAUGCAUUUUUUUUGUCAAAAACAUGUAUGUUCGAAACACGUUACAGCAAAUUUAAACAUUGGACGAAGUUUCUCUCAAUGUACUGCAGCAACUUGACUUGAUAUGCUAGCUUUCAUACCAGCUUUUUCUGCAAACCGCGUCCAUCUUUUUCCUUCUAGCAUGCAUCUAACAAGCCAGUCUCUUAAAAUUUAGGUUCUUCCUCUUGUCAUGGCAUGACUUUACAUCUCUUCUACAACACGAAAGGUGCCAUCUAUUGGCCAAAGAGUGAACUAUUCUUAAAAUACAUUUCUUUUUUCGACGGUCCAUUUAAUAUACGAGUUUAUGUAUGCAUUCAUCCACGAGAUAGAAUAUUAUGUUGAGCUUAUCAGGGUAAUAUAAUUAUAUACACCUAACAUGUAAUGUGUUUUAAUCUCUUUUUCUUGUUUGUUCCAAAGUUUGCUCUAUUAAACAUAUUUUACAUCAUGCUAUUGUUAAGUUUAAAUUUCUAAUUUUACUGCCUACCAAAAUGAUAUAUACUAAUUAUCUUUAUUAUCUUCGGCAUUGUUAUAUAUUAUCUAUUUGAGUGAUGGAAUAAUUUGAGAGAGUAUAUAUAUUUUAAAUAGUUAAAAUUUUAUCUUGGAGCUGAUGAUAGAUAUAUUGGCAUCUUAGGAAAUAAAAUUUGUACAUUAAAAUUAGAAAUACACACUUCGCUGAUUAUUACCCAUAGUACAUUAUAGAAAAUUCCAUCAAAAGUUCUCAAUGCCGUUUAUAAAAUGUAAUUUCAUUUUGAAAAUAAAAAUCUAUAUUGUAAUUUCCGAAUUACUUUUGAUAUUAGAUAUUUUAAGAAUAUAGGGCCUAAUUACCGAGUAUUUUUUUCUGGAUCCGGUUUUUUAAAUAUAUUAUUCUGUUUUGAUAGUUCAAAAACACUUUUGAAAAGUGGGCUAACAAAUUUGGCUCUAGACUUUGAGACGCCAAAGUAUGUCGUUUUCAACGCACGAACUAAAAAUAUGGGUGCCAAAAAAUUAAAAAUGAUUUUUAAAGAUAAUUUUAUUACAAAUAAAUUUUUACACUACGCAACC